GGUAAGGUCGAAUCUCCCAGGGUUGGAAACACGCCGCUUCCGAUCGGAUGGCAUCAGAUCAUCGGAUCAUUGCACUUGGAGGGAACACGAACACACAAGGUAACUGCACCUUGGGUCAAUGAUAUUCGCUUCCCCCGCCAAAAUUUCGGCAGAUAUUCGUCACGGGCAUGGCCUUGCUGCCAGAAGUUGCUUGACCUGGAAGUUGCUCACCUCGCCUCAUCACCUCCCAGUGCGGAUCUCCCAAUCCCCCAAUCUCUCCAUCAGGCCUCCAGUCGAGUGUAAUGCACUAUGAUUACAGAGGAGGCCGACUCGGUUACGGAUUGUGUUUAUGUGUUUAUUGCGUUUUUUGGGUGCUUUUGUGCUUGCCAAAAAAUUCGGUGAAACUAUACAACCAAUUGGGCUUGCUGCGAGAUUUUUGAAUUGCAUCAAGAACAGAAAAAAAAGCGAUCAGAGAGAUUGCCUAAAAAGCGACAAAGAUGAACGAACGUUGCGAAGGUCAACGGUGCGUAUACUUCAUUAGCGAUUAACCAAGGGACGGUUUUGAAUAAAAUGGGUGCAAAAAUGAAUGAAAGAAGACCGCAAAUGACCAAAGGAAAGGACGGGUAAAGAGGAAACCCCGUGGAGUAGAGGUCGCGUGGCUAAUCGACUCGGCCAUAUGUUAGCGUGGAUUAUGGCCUGCUAACUGGUUUCUGAUAUUUAUUGCCAUGCAUCCCACUUUGCAUGCAGCCUUUGGAAUUCCACCCACCCACCACCACCCUCUUUUCACAUCGAGCUUGUCCCGCAGGAAGCUUUUCAUUUCCGCUGCUGUCGGAAUUUUUAAAAUCUAUGAGCAUCCAAUGCAAAGCAGGAGAAAUUCCCAUUAAAUCCUGGCAAUAGGUGCAAAUUACAAGACAAAAAGCGAAGCGUAGUAAAAAAAUUAACCAAAAAAAGGAACGGAAGUGCAGCUAAAUAAAAUGCUGAAAAUAAUGUUCACACAGGAAAUAGAAUUCUGUGGACGUUGCAGUAAUUAUUUAUAUAUUUUUGAUGCCAUAAACUAAAAUGAAUCAUGGUUAGAUGCACCUAGACGACUUAUUCGUUUGAAGUCAGCGCCUAUGAGUGGCGCCCUCUAUGGAAAGCCUAAAAGUAUGCAUAGCUAACGGUAACUAAAGCGCCAGCUGGCGGCCUAAAGUGCCAUCUUCUCAGGCAGUUGCUCACAAUUUCGUCUAAGAAAAGAGGCCAUUUACUAACGCCUUUUGCCUGCAGUUGGAGUCUAAAGCGUAGAAGAAAAACAUAAAACUAAGCGAAUUGAAAUAAACUGACUUAAGUAAAACAGCAAAAUUAAUUACAAAUUAGAAGUGACUGAAAGGUGAUUUAAAUUAAGCAAAUUUCUACUCUGGCAAAACGCUAAAAGUUGGAACAAUCUUUUUAAAACAGUUACAAAAUGAAAUCCAAUAAGAUAAUGGUUAAAACCGCUUUAAAUAAGGAAGGAGAAAGAAGGACAGCAAGUAAAGUGUGAAAACGUGCGUAAAAGUUUCGGCGUUUUUGUUUUGAUUCUUAUCAGUCGGCGAAGCAGACGCCAAAGCAAGCGAAGCAAUGAACAUCCAAGUCAAAACAAAAUGGAAACAGAGAGAGAGAGCCCAAAUGCGCGCGCUCCAAUAAGACCAUUCUCUUCUCCCCAAUGGGAGCUUUUAUUUUCAUUUCAUUCGUGAGCGAGCGAUUGCUUUGAACGGACGUCUCCGCAUGCCAAGCUGCCAUUCGAGAGGCUUUUGGCAAAAAAACACGCGACUGCAUAAAUAAUAAUAAAAAUAUCAAGAGCAAAAAACUAAUUAGAUAUUGAUGCGAUUCGAGAUAUUGCUGAUGAUUAUCGCCUGUUGCAUUCCAAUUGGAGCUGCUCAUCCAUACCAUUCCAAUCGGAGUUCCACUUCCAUUUCGAUCCGAAUCGCGCGCGUUUUUUGCCGCGCCGAUCGUUAAAAAUUCAUUAAGUCUUGUUAAUCGCCGUCAAUAAUACAAAUAUUACAAAUAAUCGCAUUGAUUGCCCAUAAUUGAUACUCGACGUGUGUGUGAGAGUGAGUGCCUGUGUGUGAGUGCGAUUGCAUCCGCCGGUAAAUGUUCGCGAAAAGGGAAACGGAUUUGGAUCUUCCGCAACUUUGAUGCCGACGUAGCUGCACAUAUAUCUCAGUCCCGCAGCUGGACUCGAAAUGUCACGACGCAAACAGUCCAACCCCAAGCCGUUGAAUAAAGGUGAUUGUUCCGAUACCACAGAAGAGAUGACCGUCGACAGUAGAGAUUCCAAAGAUUUGACCGCCCAAGAGAUGGGCGUGGAGAAGCAGGAGCAGAUGGAGGAUGAACUGGAGGAUCAGUUGGAGGAUGCCAGGGUCCACCAGACGAACAACAACAACAAUAACAAUAACGAUGAAGGCGAUGAAGAUGGUGACUUCGAUCAGCCAGAAGAGGCUACUGCCGAGCAGGAUCAGGACUUGGGAGAGACAGAGAUGGAUCACCAGUCGGAGGAGCAGGAUGAAGCGGUGGCCAACAGUCCCAGCACUCCGCCCCGGAGUCCAUGCUCCUCCCCCCAGCUAAUACCCAAGCUGGAGCAGCCCUCCACUCCGCCCUCGGAGGCGGAACCUUCUCCAUGUCCCUCGCCCAAGUUCCCCAAGGUGCGUUUGAAUGCGCUCCUGGCCUCGGAUCCUGCCCUCAAGCCCGAUGCCAAGGAGCUGACCCUGCCGGACACCCGUCUGCUGGCUCCGCCACCGCUCAUCAAGCCGGAGAACCAAGUCCCACCGGAGGUGGUGGUGGAACCCCUGCUGAAGCCAGCCCGAUUCAUGUGCCUGCCCUGCGGCAUCGCCUUCAGUUCGCCCUCCACCCUGGAGGCGCAUCAGGCCUACUAUUGCUCCCAUCGCAUCAAGGACACGGACGACGCGGGCAGUGAUAAGUCCGGAGCCGGAGGAUCUGCAGCAGGAGGAUCUGGCGAGGGGGCAGGCUCAUCAUCGGCAGAGCCGCCAGCCAAGAUGGCCAGGACAGGAAAGCAGUACGGCUGCACCCAGUGCUCCUACAGUGCGGACAAGAAGGUCUCCCUCAAUCGCCACAUGCGCAUGCACCAGACUUCGCCAGCGGCUCCCACACUGGCCAGUUUGCCAAGUCUCCUCCAGAAUGGAAUACCACCGCCGCCGCCGCCGGUGGGUGGAACGCCCACUUCGUUGGAGGAUAGCUCUAGUCAACAGCAAACCGAUCGCUACUGCAGCCACUGUGAUAUCCGGUUCAACAACAUCAAGACCUAUCGGGCGCACAAGCAGCACUACUGCAGUUCCCGGCGACCAGAGGGCCAGCUCACCCCCAAGCCGGAUGUGUCUCCGGGUGGAGGAUCAGGAGGACCGAGUUCCACUGGCGGAUCCGGUGUGGGAGUGUCUGUCCAGGCAGCUGUGCCCGGCAAGCUCAGUCCGCAGACGACCAGAAACAAAACGCCCACUCCUGCGAUGGUCGCUGUGGCCGCUGCAGCUGCCGCCGCCGCCGCUGCUGCCUCUCUCCAGGCCACGCCACAUCCGCAUCCGCCCUUCCUGGCACUGCCCACCCACCCGAUCAUCAUUGUGCCCUGCUCCCUUAUCCGGGCGGCCAGCUUUAUUCCAGGACCACUGCCUACACCAAACUCGGGGAUUGUAAAUCCUGAAACCACCUGCUUCACCGUGGACAAUGGAACGAUCAAGCCCCUGGCAACAGCCCUCAUCGGCGCCUCUUUGGAGCCCGAACGCCCCUCAGCUCCCUCAUCAGCUGCUGAGGCGACGGAAGCCAAGAGCAGUCCACCGGAACCUAUGCGAAAAGAGGCAGGCGGAAGUCGCGAAUCUGCGCCCUUGGAUCUCUCGCUGCGUCGAUCGCCGAUCUCCUUGAGUUCGUUGAGCCUGCGACAGCGGCACCUGCGCACCGCCCUCUUGGAUGUAGAGGAGGCGCUGCUCGGAGGAGCUGGUAAGGAGAAUGUGGAGACGCCGCGGACGGGAGGCAGUGUGACGCCCGAGCAGAUCGUGUGCGCGCCCUCCCUGCCGAGCAGUCCCUCGAUGAGUCCCUCGCCCAAGCGACGGGCCAUCAGUCCGCGCAGUUCCGGGGCAGGCAGUGCCUCCUCGAUGUCGCCGCCUGGUCUCAAUGUGGCCGUGCCCCAUCUGCUGGACAUGCGCCCCAUGCUGCCGGCGGACUUUGGUCUCACCGAAUCGCUGCUGGCCAAAACCAAUCCGGAAUUGGCUCUCAAACUGGCGGCCGCAGCUGCAGCGGCUGCAGUGGCCGGAGGCGCCACUCUGCCUGCCCCAACGGGUGGUGGGAAUCCGGGGAGCGGAGGUGGAUCCUCCGGUGGCGGCUCCCAGCAACCGCAAAUCUAUGUGAAGAAGGGCGUCUCUAAGUGCAUGGAGUGCAAUAUUGUGUUUUGCAAAUACGAGAACUACUUGGCGCACAAGCAGCACUACUGCUCGGCCAGGAGUCAAGAGGGCUCUGCGAAUGAAGUGGACGCCAAGUCGGCAGUUUCGCCAUCCAAUCCUGGUGGAGCCGGCGGAUCAGGAGCUGGCGGGGCAGAAGCUGCCCUGUCGUCGGUGGAGACCACGCCAGUGGCCUACCAGCAGCUGAUCUGUGCCGCCUGUGGCAUCAAGUACACAUCCCUGGACAACCUGCGAGCGCAUCAGAACUACUACUGCCCCAAGGGAGGAGCAGCCACUGCUGUUCCCGCCGUGACGUCCUCGGAUCCCGGACAGCUAUCUCUGGCCAAGGAAAAGUGUGGAAAGUGCAAGACUGUGCAUGAGAUGGGCCUGCCAUGCCCAGCUCCUGCCUCCAACUCCCUGGCGGCAUCUAGCACCAACAACUCCCAGAGCUCCGCCUCCAACAGCCUGAACAAGUGUCCCGUUUGUGGGGUCGUGAGUCCCACAGCGGCGCUGGCCAAGAAGCACAUGGAGAUGCACGGCACGGUGAAGGCAUACCGCUGCAGCAUCUGCCAGUACAAGGGGAACACCCUGCGCGGCAUGCGCACCCACAUCCGGACCCAUUUCGACAAGAAGACCAGCGAUGUGAACGAGGAGCACUACAUGACCUGCAUUUUCCAGGAGGAGGAGGCCUCCACGCUGAGCCAAGCUGAGCUGCCUCCGUCGGCAGGCGGAGCUGGAGCUUCGUCGGCAGCCGGUGUCCACGAUUCCAUGGAUCAUCCCUCGCAGAUGUUCAACUGCGACUACUGCAACUAUGCCUCCACCUACAAGGGCAAUGUGCUGCGCCACAUGAAGCUGAUGCAUCCGCAUGUCGCCGUCAACUCACCCUCGAUCUCCCCCGACACCAGGGAUCAGGAGGCGACCUCGAACCCCACUCCCAAUCAGCACUCGAACUCCGAGGGUUCCAAUGGCGAGGCAGCCAGUUUCCUCAUCAAAUCGGAGCCGCUGGACCCACAGCCGCCCACGUUGAACCUGGUGCACGAGAACAACAACUCUCCGAUCGCCACGCCCCACAUCAAAGCUGAGCCCAUGGACAUGGUCGUGGAUGUGGCGCCUGGAGGAGGGCUGGCUCCGCCGAUGGCCUCUCCGCUGGGAAACAGCAGCGUGGCUGCCGCCGCAGCAGCAGCAGUAGCCGCUGCCGAGGUGAUGAAGAAGUACUGCUCUACCUGUGACAUAUCCUUCAACUACGUGAAGACCUACCUGGCGCACAAGCAGUUCUACUGCAAGAACAAGCCCAUUCGCCCGGAGGCCAACGACAGCCCCAGUCCGAAUCACCUGGGCGUGGCCGUUGGCGGAGGCGUGGGCGUGGGACUGAUGGCUGGACAUGGCCAGCAGAAGAACAAGGAGAACCUGCAGGAAGCGGCCAUUUGAGAGAGCCAGCUGCGGUGGGAGGCGCAGCGCAAGCAGCUGGAAUGGUAUUACAAAUGCUUCUGAGCUGAGCAGCAGCGGCGACCGAACGAACGAACCUAUUCGAAUCCUAAGCAUAGCCACCUCUUACGUGUAAACUAUACGAAAACCGCAAUCUGUACUCAACGACAGUAUUCCCGGAGAAUCUCCCUGUCGCUGCCCUCCACUUCCAACCGCCACGAAUUGGGGACUGACUCCUUCGAUAGCAGUAGAUAUACAUAUAUACAGCAACGUUCACGCAUAUACACGUAUAGUAACUAAACUAAACUAAACUAAAUAUAUAGACUACCUAGAUAUAUGUAGACGCAUACCCAUGCAGUGGGAACCAUGACAUAUAAUGCAUGCCAAAGCUUACCACUAAGACAGAAAACAGAAACUAAAUCGAGUGCAAGAAACUACAAGUUUGCAAUGGUUUGCGGAUAAGACCGAGCAGUCGGCGGAGUAGUCCUAUGUAGAUCCAAUACUAUAUUGUAAAUGGCUCGCUAUUCCACGUGGAUGCGAGCGUUUAAAACUGUGUAAUUUAACUGAGUACAUUAUUUAUUAAGUGUGUGCGACAAUAAAAGUAAUUAAUUUAUUCAACAA